AUGGAGUCUGUGACCAAGUCGGGGAUCAAGUCGGUGACCACGUCUGUGACCAAGUCGAAAGCGAAGGCGGAGCGGUCGAGUGGGCGGGCAGUCGUAGCCGGUCCGCGAACGCCGCAGCGGUGGCAGGACUUGGCGCAUGGACGGCCGGUCUUGGAGCGUGUGCGGGAGAGUUUAGAGCGUUGUCGUUUGAGCGACGAGUUCCGUCUGCUGGUCGUGAAGGGGUCGUCGGGUUGUGGCAAGUCUUUGGCGGUGCGACUUUUGUGCGAAGAGUUGGUCAUUCCCGUGGUCGAAGUGAACCUCUACAACUCCUAUCACGAACUGCUCGAUGAGACCACCGGGCUCCUUGGAUCGACGGAUUCCGCCUCCGCCGGUUCCACAGUGGACAGGAUCGCGAUGGCACUCGCGCGAUACCGAGUCAAAGCGGCCGAAGUCCUCAGUCGCUCGGAGCACCGCGUCGCACUUUGGCUCCGCGGCCUCUCAACUGAAAUCCACACCGGCGGCCACCGGACCUACCGGGAGGCCCUGCUCAAAGGCCUUGAAAUGCUGCAGCCUGACAAGAGGUUAUUUGUCAUCAUUCUAGUCACUCUCGGACGCAAUUCCGAAUCAAACGAUGCCAACUGGAUACAGACACAACUGACCGGUAGCGGUAUCGGAUGUGACGUGAUAUUAUUCCCGGAACCAUCUCAGCAAAUGGUACAGCGGGUGGCCAAGUACACAUACAAUAACCAGGUGAGUAAGGAGGAUGUGGAGAAGGUAUAUUUGGAGACGGAUAAGGGCGACAUCCGACAGGUAUUGCGGAAGUUAGACUACCACUUAUUCCGUAGGGCGGCCGGUGAAGGGCAGGGCCUUUCUGUGGGCGAGGAGGGUAAGACAGAUUCGUGGAUCCAUCCGUCGCACCUGGUGGCUAAGUUCAUUCGGGCUAAGCGGAUCCCGGCGGAUCUGUUGGCCGAUCGGAGGUUGGUUACAAAGGAAGAGUACCGGACUAUGGUCGAGGGUUACCGACAGGCCAGCCUCGUUCUACGGCAUCGACGUUGUCUAAGGGUGCCCCCCCACCUAGCCGUGUGGCACACAUCCUUCUCCACCGCUCCGGUCUUCCCGUGGAAACUCGGCACCUGGUAUGUGGAACUCAACGACCUUAAAGCUGAAGAAUACUUAGAGGAAGUGCUACAGGACCUUCGAACAAUACCAUCAGGGAUCACGCCACCGUUGGAAGGGACGCCGGAGUUGGGUGGUGGUCUCGACGACCUGUUCGACCGGACGAGCCGUCACCGGGGAGUGGCAGGUAUUUUGCCGGUUCCGUUGAGGGCGGUGUGUUUAUGGAAUCUCAAGCGGACCCCCGGCUUGAAGCUCCUGACGGAGCUGGAAGGUAAACCGCAGGGUUCGGACCUGCUAGGAGGUGGGUCUAGAGAUAUCGGGCGGCCUAGAGAUCCGGUUAGAUCUGGGCACUUGGUUGGGGCGGUGGAUCCGUCUUUAAGAGUUGGGCGAGGGAGUUUGUGGGAAGAGGCGAAUGAGACACUGCGUGUCUUGCCCGAUCAGCAGUACGGCGUAUUGUUAGACCUGAUGGUAUCGCAAGUGCCGCACUUCUACACGUCCUUGGAGGACUGUGCGAAGUUGUACGAGUCGUUCGCUCAAGUCGACGUGUGGUAUAACCGUGUUUGGGAUGACUUGUCGGAAAGGUGUUACGUUCUAGCUCUGGCCGGCGGUGUGCUCAUGACUGAACCCGUGGGCGCUGCACAGCGACGGUUCGGAGGCCUAAGCAACGCAUUCACCAACAUUAAUCAACGCCACCUGGAUGCAUCCGCCACAGCUACCAGGCAGUCACUGCCUCGUAGCAAGAUGAAGGCGGACGGAAUGUACCCGGACCGAAUGUACCCGGGCGGAAUGUACCCGGACGGAAUGUUCGUCUCCAACGCAGCCGUCACCAAGACGACCACUGCAAAGCAGUCCGUCCUAGAAUUCAAACCAGCACUAGCACCCGUCCUUACUCUUUGCUGCGACGACAUUGAAGAUUUAACAUGA